AUGGCCUUUUGUCGACGUCGCUUUGAGAAUUCGCUGGACAUGGUCGCCGCGCGACCCGAGCUUUCCGUCGGCCUUGUGUCAUCUCCGUCAAGUACGGACAGUGCCUGGAGCAUGCUGGAUUCCCCUGUGCUUGGGCUUUCACCAAACGUCGUGCGGUUCUCUGGGAUCACGAACAGACAGGUUCAACCUUUGCGUCUCCCGAGGAAGGCUGCCCCAGCUGUCCCGGUAGCUCCCCUGAACAUUAAGAAGAUGCGCCGGAGAGGACUGGUCAGUGGCAUAACCCUUGUCCUGCCCGCGUCGCCGCUACCACUGGCCACGCCCGGCCUCUCCGCAGGUCCGACCCCGCAAACAUCGUUCACGUUCACCGCAGACUGGGACGCUAACGAGCGGGGCUUUCUCUUCACCCCCCUCUGCGAAGCCCCUCCCACCGCGUUCAGUCCCCGCACGCCCGCCGGCCCCGUCCCAGAUGACAUUGAGGAAGAGCCCGUCUCUGCCCCAGCCGACGUCGUGUCCAGGCGCCCCGCCAGCCCCACGCCCUCGUCCGCCAGCUCCGCGAGUUCUGUGUUCUCUGAUUCGGCUUCCCUAUUUAUGCAUGGACGCAAAGCGUCGACCGCAUCUACUGCCCCGUCCUCCAUUUUCCCUGAGCCUGAGCCUGAAAUCAAGUCUGCACCCCAGCCAUCGCCGGUCGAGGACCCACUCCGCAUGGUGGAGGCCGAGCUCGAGCGUGUUGCACCUCUCCCUAAAUCUGAGGCGUUCGAUAAGUCGUGCCUCAUGAUGCUCGACGACGAGCUCCUGCGCAAUCCAUGGCAGGCGAUGACCUCGCUCUGCUGGGAGUCUGUCAACGAGCCCGUCGCGCGCCGGCCUGUGCCGCGUCUGUCGUACCGUAAUAAAAUCGCGGAUGUUCCCGCGGAUACCGCGCAAAGCGGAGAUUUUAAUCUGGGCGAGGCCAGGCUGUCACGGUUUUCAAGUGACGCCUUGACUCUAGCGAGCGCUGUCCCACAGCAAUGUCAUCACCUGCGAUUUCACUUUGGCAAGGCUUUCAGGUUCCCGAGACGAGCAUCUGAGUAGACUUUGGGUUGCGCUUAAUGGACGUUCACUAUAAGCAUUCCUUACGACACCUCGACGAUUCCAACCUUCGUUAUUAUUGCAUCCGUUCGCCAUAUAUGUGCUUCGUUUUUCCCGCAUCGUGCGGUAGAGUGCAUUUAGUCGUGACUUAUUGUUAUUGCAGCACUUGCACGAUACGCUCUGUACUGUAUAUCCGCGCGAGGAGGAGUGUAAGAUAGAUAUCUGUGGACAGGCACCGCCCGUAUACAACCUGUGCUUGCUUCCC